AUGAAAUUUAUUACUACUUUUCUACGAAAGAACGAUGUCGAUCUUCGACCGUCCAAUUCUGAACCAAUUGAUAUUGAAUCUGCUAGGACGCGUCUUUAUCCAGGUGCUCAUGUUGCCGCUGGAACUCCUUAUGAACAUUUUCAUCAUGGUAUUGUCAUUGAUUUAACAGGAAUUGAUAUAACAAUCGUUCAUUAUUGGGGUGCUAAAAAAAGCGAAGCUCGUGUUCAAGCAACUACUCUACCAAUUUUUGCUGCUGGUGGUAUAAAAAAACUUGGCACAAGAAGUCGACAACUGUAUAUAGUUAAUUAUGAAGACGAUACUCCUGAAAAACAACGACAAACAUGUGAACUAGCGAAAGAACUGCUCAAAACACCUGAUGUUUUCAAAUAUAAUAUAUUUACACAAAAUUGUGAAGGUUUUGCUUAUUUUUGUCGAAUGGGACAAUGGAAAAGUGAACAAGCGACAGCAUUGCUAAACUGUCUCAAGAACAAACCUAAACAAUUGUUUAAAACAACUAAACAUGAAAAAAAAUCAAAUGUAAAUAACUAUGCUUGUUUGUUUAAAAUAAUACCAAAUGAUGUUCUUUCACCAACUGACAGAGAUGAAUUGAUAAAAUUGUGUGAACAAUAUUCUUUGUCAGUAUAA